UAUCACUUUAUAUUUUAUGCCCGGCACAAUUAUUGUAAAUAUAUAUUAGCGAUCGAGUCAAUUUCUCGAAUAUUGGAAUAUUCAUGCUCGGGUGGAUUUAUUAAACUCUCAAUGAUGACUCAAAACAUCGCGUAUCAAUAAGUGUUAAUUAUGCCCGAAUAUAUGUCAUAAAAUUUAUUCGCGACGAUUACGUAUGUAACGAUUUCGUAAUGCUAUUAAAACACAUCGCAUGAUAAUACCGCGCUCUCGUAAUAAUUUUCGUUACGCGCGACGCAUAAUAAUGCGCCGACAAUAAUUAUUAUAAUAAUAUUUUCGAACCGUGUACAAUUGUCACACGCGCUCGUAAAGUAACUCCAUCAUUUAAUAAUCGAACGGCGGACAAAUGACUCAUGGCGUAACGCUGACCUAUAGAGAAGCUCGUGAUUCAUAGCUCACCUUUGCUACAUAAUAAUUAUCGGGGACUUUAUGUAAAGAUACGAUAACACAGUGUAGCUUCUGUUGAUGAUUGAUAAGAGACAAUUUUUUCCUUUGUGAUUUCUUUUUUCUAACAAGUGCAUCAUUAUACGUUUAAUUUCUCUUCUUCGUAUCAAGUGAGGCGUUGGAGGUCGCUACACCAGCAAUUACGCGAAUUUAUUUAAAAAUAGCGUGAUAUUUCGCAAAGAUUUCACGAUAACUCGUGUGUACAAUGUCGGAAGGUGGACGUGCAGUGAUCUGGCUCCUAGUAUCAGCCCUUCGAGCUGCACGUCACCCGAAAGAUUCACGUACUAACUACUAAUUGCACCUGCGUGUCGAACUCCCUCCCCUUAUCAGUUGCAGGAUACUGCACCCCGUAACCCCAUGACGCAUUUAACACAUGGCUCGCCUGGAGAUACCGAGCAUAGUGGUGUAUAAAGGAAGCAGGUCGCAGGAUCGACCUGAGAGUCCCACGGUGGUGGUGCGAGGAGGAAUGCCCUCACUGCCAUCCUCCAGGCAAGGCCUCGCCAUAAGUGGUGGCUCCGGCGGUGGUGCGCUUCACCAAGACGUCUUGGAGUCGGAUAUGAUAGACGGGAAUGCCAACGUCGGCACCUCCUCGGCAACGAAUACGUUCCACCGUCCUCCGCCUUCUUGUCCGCCGUCCGACAAAUCGGACACCGAGAGCAAAAACUUUCGCAAUCGGACGAACACAAAACUGAAGCUGCUGGUCAGAAGCCAUGCCAUGAGAGAGUCGACGUCUCCCCCGCGAGAGCCGCACAGUCCGCAAUCGGCGGACGGUGAGAAGAAGAUCGUGUGCGGCCUCUCGCCCAACUCCAACGGCGCCAAGCUCAAUAACAACGAGUCCAUGUUUAACAGCAAUCUCGGACCCGCUCAAUCCCCCAAGCAAAUGCGCAACACGGCGACCUCGCCGACCUGUCGGACACCGUCGCGAAAUGGUCAAUCUAGUCCCUCUCAGAUACAUUCACCAAAGAGCAUCACCUCUCCGACUAACGGCAAUAAGUUGGAGAAUCAUCGCUCCAAGCUCACGAGCGCGAAUAACGUUCAGAAAUGCAAUAACUGCGUGAAGAACAAUCAAAACGAGCGACCGGGUUUGCUGCAAACCCCGGUAUCGCCCUCCAAGUCUGGUCAAGCGUUGCAGCACUCACCGAAGAGCACCAAUCUAGCUCCGAGCGCGCAGAACAAUCAGCACAAAUCCGAGCAACGCAGGCCGAACACGUUGAACAUUUGCAAUAAUCAAUGCUCAGCGCAAUGCGGCAACACGCUUUCGGUGAGCAGGCCCGGGUCCAGGCACAAGUUGAGACAUCAGAAUUCCUCUCAGGGCAGUUACGACAGCGCGUCACCAUGUCUCUCACGCGACAGUAGCACGGAACUGUAUACAGACAGCACGGGGAUAGACCUGGAACUGUUCAUCGCGGAAACCAUAAAUCGCAAUCAAAAGGAUCGUACGGUGCUGCUAAAGAUUGAGAAGGAUCUAAUCGACUUUGCGAGGGACCGGCAGAAAGUUUCUCACAGAUUCCCGAAUAUGUCGUCGUACAACAGGAUGCUGGUGCAUCGAGUGGCAGCUUACUUCGGCAUGGAACAUAACGUGGAUCAGUCAGGUUUAAGUGUUAUCGUAACGCGAACGAAAAACAUGCGAAUACCGGACACCCGCUUUAGGGAGCACAUCAGGGACGACCUGAUCCUGUCGGAGGAACCGCGGAGAAGUAUUUUAAAACGGGACUCGAGCUCGUUCGAAGAUAGCUUCAAUUUCAAAUCGCCAGACAGAUUGUCGGGCGAUUAUUGUCGGCGCAGCAAGAGUUUCGAGGAGCGGGAGGAAGAGUACGAGCGCGCCAGGCGAAGGAUAUUUAAGGAUAGCAGUGGCGAGAGCAGCGAAGUCACAUCUUGGCCAUGGUCCUCGUCGGAGAGUUCAGAUGUCUCGGCGAGGUAUCGCUUGUUACCUCCUUCCGAUCACAUAAUGAGGCAUAAUCGAAUGCUAAAAGGCGAAUCUUUCGACGGGAGGGAUUCGUUUCGCGGCGCAGUGUUACGCCCAUCCGUUUCUAAGUCAUUCAGUUUUGGUGGAUACACUAAAGGCAUGUUGUCAAGAGGAGAUAGUGUUACGUCUACGCAUAGCGCAGGAGCUCGCCUCAUGAAGCAAGAUUCGGGGGCCAGUAUGUGUUCACGUUUGAGUCCGAGUCGCUCGAGCAGUGGGUACAAAUCGCAGAGUCAGCGCAGCGACGCAACGAUAUCGCCAUCUCCGUCGCCCUCUCCUGUGCCGGCCACCAUGAUGACGUGUAGCCACACUCAAGUAUCUAGUCAGGAUCUAGCCUCGCCAGAGUCGAACGGCGGCCAGACGGUCAUGUGGGCAGUCAGUAGUUUGUCGAGCGUGCCACCCGGCAGUAUAAUAAUAAAUCCACAGACCAAUCAAGCGUACACGAAUCCGGACGGCUCGAUCUAUCGCUACGAUCCGGAUAAUCCGCCAAAGUUUUAUACCAUCGAGGACGAGAGGUCGUCUAACACAGUGCCAUCCGCGACAAACAAGCAACAACACGCGGAACUAUCCUCCGAGUCCAGAAUGCCGAGCGGUAACUCCAAGAAUGAUGGCAAGAAGCAACAGCGUUCAUCGCAAUCAAAAAUGAACAUCGUUAGCAGCGCAUCCGGGACACAAGUAACGAACACAGCGACGUCGCCGAGUCUACCGUUUACGCCGCCGCCACCGCCGCCUCCACCACCUCCUCCGCCUCCCGCUCCUGCUCCGCAGAACCCAUCCAUUCCUCAACAGCAGCAACAAGUGCAGCAGCAGCAACAACCACAACCACAGCAGCCACAGCCGCAGCAGCAAAGUCUAGUCAAAUCGUCAACAACAAUGCAGACGUGUAGUCAUACUAACCAAAUAGCUCAGCAAUCUUACGCGACCUACAUACCUACCUCAGAACCGUAUAACCAGGGUGUCUAUCCGCCUCCUCCCGUGGGGCAACCAACUGUGAUGAUGGCGCCUCAUCCGACUCAGGGUCAAGCCAGUAUGCAGAACGGCGGUCAGGGGGAUGUUGUCUUCAACCAAAAUCAGGUUUAUGCCAAUUAUGCGGUACCUGUACAUCAAGGACCAAUACCACAGUCAGGGGAUGUGACCGAAUUAUCUGGAUAUUUCUUGGGGAUGAAUAUCUACGAUCAACGUGGCAGCGGGGACAGUCAUCCGACAACUCCGCAUUCUACGUAUCCGCAACCGCCGCCAUCUGCGAACCAGACCGUACAAAAUGUGCAGACGGUACAACCGAAUUAUUGGCAACCAUCGCCAAAUCAAAUAUCGCCUCAACAGACUAUGUACUUUAUGCCUCCACCCGCAACGGCUAUCUCAGUUGGUCAGAAUCCAGGAGAUAGGCAACAAUUACAGCAACAGAGGUUUCCAACUAAUUAUUCCUUUAACGCGCAAACGAUGACGCCUCCGAGCCAAACAAAUUCUAAUUACGUUGGCAGUUACCCGGUACCUUACAAUUCGAUGCCGGCAGUAACCCCGACACCAGGCGACUAUACGUAUCAACCUCCGGUCCAUAUGGUUCCUACGUAUUAUCCGCCAGGACAGCCGGCGAUGCAACCGCCGCCCGUGAUGUACCGAGUACCUACACCACCAAAUACGCCGACGUCCAGUCAGAUACCUGGUAUGCCGUUGAUGUACGUUAACUCGAGUAGUUAUGCGACCCCGACGAUGGUGUCCAGUGGAACGUUCGGCCAUCAGGUCACUCACAACGGUACAUCCCCGGCACCGCCUAGCGCAUACAUGACACCCACGCUGGUUCCCAAUCUCGUCUUCAGACAAAACGUUCCUGUCGUUUCCGGUGUUCGAGCGACGACGCCAGGUAACUCCCAGCGAGCUAGUCGGUCGCCAACUCCGGCACACGAGCUCUUCGGAGGUGGGAGCGGAGACAGAAGCGCACAACCUCAACCACGUUACCCACUGCCAAUGUAUCAGGGUGUCCAUAUCGUGCAAGGGGAUAUGAGAUUGAUGCAUCCUGGCGUACCAACCAACCCUCGGUUGCAGUAUGCACCAGUAUCAUCACCGCCUGUUGUUCAAGGUUGCCCGCGACCAUACAGGCCGCCCUCUUAUUCAUCCAACACCUCGGGGCCCGGCACGCCGACUUCCUUCGAUGGCAGAAAUCAGAAGAUUCGCAAACAGAGGUCCAAAGUAACGUCUUUGCCACCGAGCGGCGCACGGCCCAAUCUCUAUCAGGCGCCUUCCAUGCCAUCACUCUCGUCAAACGUACCCAAAGACAUCAGAGAAGGAACGGUAAAGGUGACAAUUACCCGUCGGAAUCAGCUGGUACAUUUUUAAGUAAGCGGAUAGGAUAACAUCCCUGAUAAAACGAAUCACAGUCCUGAUUAUCCAACAAUCGAGAUUAGCAAUCUACUUUAUUAUUCAGAGAUACUAUGUGUGUAUAUACAUAUAUACAUAUAUGUAUAUAUAUGCUAUAUUAAUUAUUGCUCUAAAUUAUUUGAAGAGAGUCAAAAACCGUUAUUAGGAUACAAUGUAUGUAUACGUGUAUCCUAAGUGAAAAGUAGUGGCGAAGAUAUAUAGUAUACUAUAAUGCGAGCGUUUGUUUUCUUUUCGGAUAACACACAAAAGACAAAAUUGAAAUAUCAGUUGAAGAACUCUUCAAUCGCACUGAAUAAAUCUGAAUUAAUAUGACAAAAGUACGAGAUGUGGAAAAUGAAAAGAACGAAAUGUAAUCACAUGCGCGUGUCCAAACAUUAAAGAAAGAGCGAAGAAUGGUGCAUUGAACAGAAUUACUGGACAAAAUUUCAAGUAUUAUAUAUAUAUAUAUAUAUAUAUAUAUAUAUAUAUAUAUAUAUAUAUUAUUAUUAUUAUUAUUAUACUUGAAGAUAUUUUAACUGCGGUUUUACAGAUACUAUAUGAAUGUAAGAUAUACUUUAAGGAACAUUAUUAAGGUCAAAUAAAUGCGUGAAUAAUUCGAGGCGGUCGUCUCGGCAAUUUCCGGCCGCCAAGAGAGAAUACGUACGAUUAUUAUAAUAAGCUAAUGUACGAAAAGAAAAAGAUAUACCUUACUGAGUACGUUUACAAGGCAUGCGAGUCUCUCGGCUCGAUAUUGAAAAAAAUCGUAUGAUCUAAAAAAAUAUAUAUUAUCUAUCUAUUAUCUGCUAAUUUUUGAUACGCGCUGCCAUCGCAUCGAUCAACGAAUAUUGCGUUAACGUCGCUGCCCAUUCCGAGUCCAUUUUUUGAAAAAAAAACAAAAAAAAACGAGUUGUUCGCUACCUCAGCAUAAUAUCGACGAAAAUUCUAAAAAUUGUUCGCGCGUUGACGAUGCCAUUCCUGAACGCUUCUCUCCGAUACGUAUCUAUUGUACGUGCGAAAAUGAAACCCUUUACUAUGCACCACGUCUUUGCAGGAUAUUUACAUAUAAUUUCUAUGAUAUAUUCGAGUUUCAAAACUUUUUUAUUUUAUUUUACAAAACGCUGUACGGAUUUCGCAAGGAAAACGAAAUAAUAGCUACCCAAAAAAAAGUGCAAAACUAACAUUUUACACGAUAUUCUGUAAUAUUCAACUCUAGAAAAAUGUUUCUAAUCAAUUAUCAUAAUUCAUGAUUAUACCAGUGAAAGCGUCACUGAUUAAGUUAAGUAAGUAAAUAUGUAAACGUAUUCAGUACACAUACGGUCUCUAUGUCUAGUUUCGAGUAGUAGCUAAGCAGCGAGAAACCAUCACCGCCUAAAACACUAUUUAUAUCUCAUUCUUGCAGAAAAAUAUGACCAAAAUGAUUCUAU